AUGGGUGCUGUGUGUGCACACAAUGUAAUUACUUUAAUCAAAACCACUGCAACCAACUUCAAAUCUCUUGUUUGGGCAACUUCUUCCUCUUGCACACCAACCAAAUUUUCGAGUGUCAAUAUUCGAGGAAUUCAAAGGCUGGGGACUUGUCCCAAAUUCUUUCUUUCUUUCACUUUCCUUUUCUUUUUGCUUUUCUUCUUUCUCGUUCUCUCAAAUUCCUGCUCUCUCUUUCAUUUCUUCUUCUCUCUAGUUCUCUUCCUUGAUUUCAUUUUUUGUUCUCUCCUUUUUUAUCAGAAUUUCUUUUUUUCUUUUCUUUUUUCUUUUGUCCUUCUUCUUUGUUUUCCUUUCUCCAUUCUUUCUUUUAUUAAUUUUUUUUAUUGCCUUUCUUAUCUUUCUUUUCUUAUCUUUCUUUUUUUUCAUCAUAAUUUUUCUUUCAUAGUUAUUUCAUCUAUUUUUCGCUCAUUAAUAUUUUUCAAAGUUUUAUUUUCUUUCACUUUUUGCAUCCUUUCUUUUUAUGCACAUUUUUCUAAUAUCAUUCAUUUUUCUUUUACCUUUUUUACCCAUCUUUUUUCUAUCACAUUCUUAACUAUUUCUACUCCCCUUUAA